GGAGAAGGCGGCGGCGGCGGCUGCGGAGAAGGCGGCGGCGGAGAAGAAAGCGGCCGAGACCAUGAGCGCGGCGGCCGAGGUGGACGACGACGAGGAGGAGGAGGAGAGCGAGGAUGAGAGCGAGAUCCUGGAGGAGAGUCCGUGCGGCCGUUGGCAGAAGCGGAGGGAAGAAGUCAACCAACGCAAUGUUCCUGGAAUCGACAGCGCGUACCUGGCGAUGGAUACAGAGGAAGGGGUGGAGGUUGUUUGGAAUGAAGUUCAAUUCUCGGAACGAAAAAACUUUAAACUACAAGAGGAUAAAGUUAAAGCUGUCUUUGACAACCUCAUCCAGUUGGAGCACCUGAACAUAGUGAAAUUCCAUAAGUACUGGGCAGAUGUAAAGGAAAAUAAAGCCAGGGUUAUAUUUAUCACAGAGUAUAUGUCAUCAGGAAGCUUAAAACAGUUCUUGAAGAAAACAAAGAAAAACCACAAAACGAUGAACGAAAAGGCUUGGAAGAGAUGGUGCACACAAAUUUUAUCCGCAUUGAGCUACCUCCACUCCUGUGACCCUCCCAUCAUCCAUGGAAACCUGACCUGUGACACGAUAUUCAUCCAACAUAAUGGACUAAUAAAAAUUGGUUCUGUCUUUCAUAGGAUAUUUGCUAAUGUUGCACCCGACACAAUCAACAACCACGUGAAGACGUGUAGAGAGGAACAGAAAAACCUGCACUUUUUUGCACCAGAAUAUGGGGCUGUGACCGAUGUGACGACAGCUGUGGAUAUUUAUUCAUUUGGAAUGUGUGCAUUAGAGAUGGCUGUGUUGGAGAUCCAGGGUAAUGGAGAAUCAUCAUACGUGUCUCAAGAAGCCAUUAAUAAUGCAAUUCAAUUGCUUGAAGACACUCUGCAAAGAGAGUUUAUUCAGAAAUGUUUAGAGAUCGACCCCAUCAAGCGACCCACCGCCCGGGAACUGCUCUUCCACCCGGCUCUGUUUGAAGUGCCCUCACUGAAGCUAUUAGCUGCCCAUUGUAUUGUCAGUCAUCCUCACAUGAUUCCUGAAAAUGCUUUGGAAGAAAUAUCGAAAAAUAUAGACAUGAAUGCAGUUCUGGCGGAAAUCUUUCACCAGGACAGUGAAGGUGUACAGAUCAGGUUUUCUCAGUUCCCUGCGCUGGAAUUGGAUAAGUUUUUGGAAGAUGUAAGGAAUGGCAUUUACCCUUUGACGGCAUUUGGGUUGCCCACACCCCAGCAACCCCAACAAGAGACUGUGACCUCCCCCAUCGUCCCACCUAGUGUAAAAACCCCAACACCCGAACCUGCAGAGCUGGAGACCAGGAAGGUAGUUCAGAUGCAGUGCAAUAUAGAGCCAGUUGAUGAAGGAGCAAAGCACCAUUUAACGUUACUCUUGAAACUGGAAGACAAGUUAAACCGACACCUCAGCUGUGACCUAUUGCCUAAUGAGAACUAUCAGGAGUUGGCGGCAGAGCUUGUUCAGCUGGGAUUUGUCAGUGAGAUUGACCAGAGCCGGCUGAGUAACCUGCUGGAAGACGCCUUCAACAAAUUCAUCUACAACAGGAAUGGAUCGCUCUCUGCGGUCACAGUCUCCUCGUAGCUGCAGGCGGGGGAGGGGUAUAGGUCCACACAGCUUCUCCAUCAACCUGUCUGAGACAAGGGGGGAGGGGGAGCAAGCCAACAUGACUGGACGCCUGGCUCUGGCUCUAUUGCAUGUUGUAGUGCGGUGACUUUGUGAGUUCCCAUCUACAGACUGUGGGCGCUCAUCCCACCGUCAAAGUGUUUUGUUGUCAGUAUUAAUGUCCGUGUGCGCUUCACCCCGUCCGUCAUUUAGCCAUGUGUUGGAGAGCACUGCCACACUCACAAUGCAGGAGGUGCCCUU